AUCAACAAAUCCAAUUACAAUGCCACCAUCCACUGGCAUGGAGUGAGACAGAUUCGCACAGCAUGGGCUGAUGGAGCAGGGUAUAUAACUCAAUGCCCGAUUCAAGCAGGAGUAAAAUAUACGUACAAAUUCAGGAUUAUUGCACAGGAAGGAACCUUGUGGUGGCAUGCCCAUGUCUCGUGGCUGCGUGCAACAGUUCACGGAGCAAUAGUUAUCUAUCCAAAGAAAGGAAGCUCUUAUCCGUUUCCUCAACCCUAUUCAGAGUUUCCCAUCGUGUUAGGAGAAUGGUGGAACAAAGAUCCUGAAGCGGUCGAAAGGCUAUUAAUUCAAACAGGAAGUGCACCUAAUAUAUCCGAUGCCUUUCUCAUCAAUGGUCAGCCAGGAGAUCUCUAUUCUUGCUCCAAAUCAGGAACAACUAAAAUCUCUGUACAACGAGGAAAAACGUACCUUCUACGUAUUGUUAAUGCUGCAGUCAAUAAUCACCUCUUUUUCAAGAUUGCAUCACACAAUUUCACAGUGGUAGCCUUAGAUGCUUGCUACACAAAACCAUACACAACAGACAUAAUGCUUAUAACCCCUGGCCAAACUGCAGAUGUUCUUCUCACCGCCAAUCAAGCAAUAGCCAAAUACUACAUUGCUGCCAAUGUAUACACUACCCAAUCUAUUGGAUUCUUUGAUAACACCACAACAACUGCCAUUCUUAGCUAUGUGGGUUCUCACUCAUCUGCCACCCCAUCUCUUCCACAAUUUCCAACAUACAAUGACACUGCAACUGUCACUAAAUUUAAUAAAGGAUUACGAAGCCUAGCUUCAAAAGAGCACCCAAUAGAAGUUCCCCAGAACAUUGAUGAGAAACUCCUAAUAACAAUAGGACUUGGUUUAUUUCCCUGUAGAACUAACGUGACCACCAACUGUCAAGGCCCCAACAAUACCAGAGUAACUGCUAGUAUGAACAAUGUAUCUUUUGUCCUGCCAGAUAUAGCCAUACUUCAAGCUUAUUAUUUUGGUAUUAAUGGUGUCUUUACCACUGAUUUUCCUUCAAACCCACCAAUUGUGUUUAAUUAUACAAGUGACAAUAUACCCAGAAGUCUUUGGUCACCAAUCACUGGAACAAAAGUUAAAGUGCUAAAUUAUAAUGCUACAGUUCAGGUGGUGUUCCAAGCAACGAAUAUCUUCCAGCCUGAUGACCAUCCAAUGCAUAUUCAUGGUUAUGAUUUUUAUGUUGUGGGAGAGGGAUUUGGUAACUACAAUGCUCGAACAGAUCCUCUCACAUUCAAUUUGGUUGAUCCACCAGAACGGAAUACUGUGGGAGUUCCUGUUGGUGGGUGGACUGCUAUCAGAUUCAAAGCUGACAAUCCAGGUGUUUGGUUUGUGCACUGUCAUUUUGAUGAUCAUCUAACAUGGGGAUUGAAUAUGGUCUUCAUGGUGAAGAAUGGCCAUGGCAAUUUGGCAAGUUUGGAGAAGCCUCCUCCUAAACUCCCGAAAUGCUAGCUCCACAAACCAUGUCAUCUCAAUCAGUCAAUAGUAGUCUUUAAUUUCACCACCUUGUUAUAAGUAUUUUGCCAUGAGGCAAUAUUAUUGUAAUAACUAUUAUUUAACUAGUUAUUAAUAAUUGUAUUGGAUAACAAAUUAGAAAUUAGUAGUUUUUCUAUUGAAAAAUAUUAUUUUUUUAAAGUAAA